AAGCUUUUAUACAUUUUAGUUAUUCACCAUUCGGUGAGAGCUUACGAUGAAGCCACGAUUCUCUACUUCGAAAAUCUUAUUAACUCAACAAUCAAUGAAACCGCAAAUUAUGUAAUUCCUACGUCUUCUGAAGAGUUCAGAGGGAAUUAUUAUUGUUCCAAAGAUGCUAAAGAUUUUGGGUCUUAUGAUUUCAUCAUCGUUGGUUCCGGAUCGACGGGUGCAACUUUGGCAGCUCGUUUGGCCGAAGAGGAAAAGUUUAAGAUUUUGUUGAUCGAAGCUGGAGGCGCCGAGAACAACUUCACGGAUAUUCCUGGUCUUUACUUUUACAGCAGAUUUACUGAUUACAAUUGGGGAUAUUUCAGCGUUCCUCAAGAACAUGCCUGUUUAGGUAUGAAGGAUAGGCGAUGCCCGUUUCCAAGAGGUAAAGCUGUUGGUGGUACAACUGUGAUUAACGGUUUGAUUGAUAGUAGAGGGAAUCGAGAUGAUUUCGAUACUUGGAAUCAACUAGUAAACGGUUCUUGGUCUUACGAAGAAGUUUUACCUUAUUUCAAGAAAAUAGAAGACUCUCACAUCGAUGGUGAUCCGGGUUAUCAUGGAGAAGAUGGACCUUUUCCGGUUUACUACCAUAAUCCGAUAAGUCCUCAAGUUGAUGCUUAUUUGGGCGCUAACGAGGAGUUAGGGUAUAAAGUUUUGGAUUUCAAUGGAGCUCACCAGAUUGGAGUCUCGAGGAAUCAGUUGAAUAACAUCAAAGGAAGACGUGUGUCCACGGCGAAAGCGUAUUUAGACCCAGCGAGAAAGUAUAGUAAUUUGAAGAUUGUUGACAAGGCUUAUGUAACUCGCGUUUUGAUUGAUGAUAAAACGGCUUACGGAGUUGAGUUCAUGCUGAAUGGAGAGAAAACUAUAGCUAAAGUUGAGAAGGAAGUUAUUGUAUCUGGAGGCGUUAUAGCGUCUCCAUUUAUCUUGAUGCAUUCUGGUAUUGGGCCUAAAUUGGAAUUAGAGAAAUACAAUAUUCCUGUUGUGAAAGAUCUCCCAGUUGGAAGCAACUUGCAUGAUCACCCAACUUUCUACGGUCUCUCCUUCAGGACUAAUUUCAAUCAACCCAAAUACACGCAAAGGGAAUACAUUGAGCAAUACUUGGAUGGUAAAGGCGAUUUCACUAUAGCUGCUAAUCUACAAGGAAUUGGUUAUUACCAAAGCAAGCAUAUGCAAAUUCCCGGUCUUCCAGAUAUAGAAUUUCUCAUUUCACCAUCAGGCAUGGAAAAUGCGGCAAGCCAAGAAUCUUUCCAUCUGACAGACGAAACCUUUCAAGCCGUUUGGGGUAACCUGAACAGAGUCACGGAUUUCUUGAUGUACGUAGUUUUAUUGAAGCCAAAAUCUAUUGGAUAUGUAACGAUUAAAUCGAACGACCCUUUCGAUUUUCCAAUUAUCGACCCGAAAUUCUUGUCCGAUGCGGAGAACGUUGAUAUAGACGCGAUUUACGAAGCUACCGAAUAUCUGCUGAGUCUUUUGAAAACUGAUCAUUAUAAGAAGUUGAAUGUAACAUUGAUCAAAGUUGUAUUUGAAGCUUGCAAAGAUACGGAAUAUUUAUCUAAAGAGUAUUGGUAUUGCACUAUACGGCAGAUAACGAUGAACGUUUAUCAUCCAGUUGGGACUUGCAAGAUGGAUUUGGAGAGACACGGAGGAAUCGUGAAUAAAGAUUUGAAGGUUUAUGGGGUGAAGAGGUUGAGGGUUGCCGAUGGAAGUGUUUUACCUUUCUCUUUGUCCGGACAUCCUAGCAUGGCUUCCAUUAUGAUAGGAGAGAAGUUAUCUGAUAUGCUUAAAAAACAAUACAUGGCUUGAAUCUUCCCAGUCACAUAUCCAUGACAUUAAUUAUAGUUAGUUGUAUAGAUAAAUAGUUAAAUUAUAUAGUUAGAUAUGGUGUUCCAAUAAGAUCGACGACUUUAAA